GCAAACAUUGCAUGUUGAUUGGAUAGAACACCUACAUUCGCUAGGCUUUCGAUGUUUUAGAAAACCCGCCCAGAUCUUAAGACGAGUCUGAGACGAUGGAAGUAGACAAGCCGGAAGUUCCUAAGGAGAAUGGCGCCGAGGCAGUGGCUUCUGCUGCUGCGCCCGCUACCCUGGAGGACAAGCUGAAGUCGGUUGUGGCUCUGGUGGAGAAAUCUGUGAAGGCGAAAGACACGCGCCUGCUAAUUGGAAGGCUGCUACGGCAGACAGCUACUGUUCGCAAGCAGCUGACAGCGGCAAAUGUGAAGGCCUUCCUGCGGCAGACCCUGCCCGCGGACCUCGAGUCCCGCACAUUCCUCACCGGCCAGGUUGAGCAGGCGGCGUCCUCCAGCAUGGAGUCGGACGAGGCGACCACCGCGGCAUCGUGCGAGUCGACAUCGGUCCUGCCGGAGGUUGAGCUGUACGCCUACCUCAUUGUGCUGCUAUUCCUGAGCGACCGCCAGGAAUACAAGCUGGCGCGCACGGUGGCGGACGCGGCGGUGGCGCGGGUGGGGCAGUUCAACCGGCGCACGCUGGACGUGAUCGCGGCCCGCAUCUACUUCUACUACGGCUUUGCCUACGAGCAGACCGGCGAGCUGGAGAGCAUCCGCAGCUCGCUGCUGGCCCUGCACCGCACGGCUGUGCUGCGGCACGACGCCAUUGGCCAGGAGACGCUCAUGAACCUGCUGCUGCGCAACUACCUGCACCACAACCUGUACGACCAGGCUGAGAAGUUCCGCAGCAAGGCCCAGAAGGCGGACCAGUGGCGCAGCGGGCAGCAGUACUGCCGCUACCUAUACUACCUGGGCCGCAUCCGCACCAUACAGCUCGAGUACGCCGAGGCCAAGGACUGCCUGCAGCAGUCGCUGCGGCGCGCGCCCUCCAUCGCGCACGGCUUCCGCAUCACCGUGUCCAAGUGGCUCAUCCUGGUGCGGCUGCUGCUGGGCGAGAUCCCCGACCGCACCGAGUUCGCGCAGCCCGGCAUGAGCGCCGCGCUGCAGCCCUACUUCGAGCUCACGCAGGCGGUCAAGGCGGGAGACAUGCGCGCAUUCAAGCAGGUGGCCGAGCGCUGCCACGACGUGUUCCUGGCCGACGCCACGCACAACCUGAUCACGCGGCUGCACCACAACGUCAUCCGCAUCGGCCUGCGCCGCAUCAACCUGGCCUACAGCCGCAUCAGCCUGGCGGAGAUCGCCGCCAAGCUGCACCUCAACAACGCCGAGGACGCGGAGUACAUUGUGGCCAAGGCCAUCCGCGACGGCGGCAUCGACGCCGUGAUCGACCACGACGGCGGCUUCAUGGCCAGCCGCGAGCGGCCGGACGUUUACAGCACCGCGGAGCCGCAGGCGGCCUUCCACGCGCGCAUUGCCUUCUGCCUGGACCUGCACAACGAGGCGAUCAAGGCCAUGCGCUUCGAGCCGGACGCGCACAGGCGCAAGCAGGAGACGAGCGAGGCGCGGCAGGAGCGGCUGGCUGCGGAGCAGGAGCUGGCCAAGGCGCUGGAGGAGGACGAGGACGACUUCUGAGCUGCGGGCGGAGGCAGCAGAGGCGGCUGCGUGGCAGGGUGGAGGCGGAGGCGGCAGCGGACGAGUGCCGGGUAGCUAGGUGCAGGCUGGGAUGCAGUGCUGUGGGUGGCUGUUGAGGUGCCGAAGCUGUGCUUUCGGCCAUGUGCAGAGCGGACGCUGCGGUGGUGGUGUUGCUGGUGCGUGAGGGUUGUGGCGAUUUUAAGAUAGACGGGGCCAGCGUGUGCAUGCGGGUGGGCGCAAGCGGGGAAGGGAUCACAGAAGUGAGAACGGGGCAAUUCAAGUUGCAUCGGAUUCUGGCCGUAGGUGCGCGGUGCUGGGCGCGGCGGCCGUGGUAGGCAGGUUGCAACAUUGCAAAGCGUGCCAUCCGUCCUGGCCUCCUGGGGCGCGGCACAAGUGCGGAACGUGCGAACGGCAAGCCGCGUGCAUUUUCUUGGUUCAAGGAAUGGAAGAAGCUCAGCCGCUCAGCGGCAGUUGCUGGA